AUGAGAAUUAGCAAAUAUACUUCAGUACCCUCAAAAGACAUUGAUAAUGAACAUAAUGAAAGUGCUUUAAGUGAGCCCGGUGAAACUUCGGAACCUCUGUGGGUACAGGGGACUGAUUCCCCACCGGAGCCUGAAGAAGACUCCUAUGAAACAAUGGAGAAUGAGGAACGUGAGAUUAUGCUUAGUAAAGAAAAGGGGGAAGACGAUACUGUAGUCGACAUGGGUGAAAAUUGGGAGGGUAGAGGGUAUUCAAAAAAUAAGACAAAUGAAAGAUCAAUUCUUCCGUGUCUUAUUAUUGCUGCUGUUUUUAUAAUCGCAUGGGUUGGCUCAACAAUCAUAUACGCAUAUUAUCGUUCUACCACUAUCGGGACUAAUUCCCAAACGAGUACUUUAAAUCGUAUACAAUUUGAUGAUAUAUAUAAUGGAAGUUUUUAUCCUCAAUAUACAUCAUUGAAAUGGAGUUCUGCUGGGGAUGAUGAUGGUGUAUUCAUUUAUCGAGAUGAUGAUAAUAAUAUUAUUUUGGAACAAAUAUCUGACAGAUCGAAAAAAACUUUAGUGAAAGGCACAGAUAUUAUUGAU